CUGAGAUGUAAAAGGGGCAAGGGAAUAGAAAUUAAUGAUGUUAAUGAUGAUGUAACAUACGUGGGGGUUAUCAUCCGUGGAGAUGUCAAUGUGGAAUGUGAAAGUUAAAGACAUAUAUGUAUUCGUCUGAGUUGCAAGUUUUGUUGUGAAUAUUUAGUGUAGAGCGGCGUAGUAGGAAGAGAAUCAUAGGAUAUAAAAUCGCACAAGCAGGAAUGGAUGCACAAAUCAAUCAUAUCCAUCCUCCUACGUUAGAGGAGAGGCCUCCAGAAUUUAUUUCGAGUUGGUUUUAUUGGGGAAGAACAUUUAUAGAACAAAAUGGGUGGAUUUUACUUGGUGCUGGUGUGCUGGUUUGCUAUCUGUGGGUCAAGAUACAGCCAUACAUAAAGAAAUGGAGAAAACAACAGGAUGAAAGGAGAUAUGCAGCAUUUUGCCAUAAGAAUCCUGAUUUAGUCCGUUCCCGCCAAGAAGCUAUGGACAUCUCAAGGCAGAGACUUCAGGAACAACAUGAUGAAAACGCCAAAGUGUAUGCUGAAAAAUUGAAAGAGCAUGAAGCAAAGAAGAAGAAAGAAUAUCUUGAAAGGCAAGAAAGAAAAAGGCUAGUUGAAGUUGGUCACAGACUGUCAGAGCAAACCAGUUCUUCGCAGUCAAAUAGCAAAGAACAGAAAUCAGCAAAAUCCUCACACCGACCAGAUUACAAUCCUCUGAUGGGGGCAGGUGGGUCUGGUGGGUACAGGCCCCCUCGGCGCACCUGUCCUGGUGGUGGCUGUGGCGGCGGCUAGGCUGGAGGACGAUCGAGGUGCACGGUCAUUCUAGGACAAUGAAUAUUCGUCAUAGCAUAUCUGGGUCUAUAAACAUCCCUGUGAAGUCAGAGAUCAUAUUCCAUUUUAUCUAAAAGACUUAAAUAUUUUUGUGUUUGUUUAUAUUUGUAUCAGUACUGAACUUGUGUUGUCACCUGUUGUAUGUUAUGCUAUGAAAAUUUUGAAGUGAUCUGUAAGCUGUUUUAAUGCAUUAGAGCAUAUUAAUAUAUUAUAAGACAGAUCAUUUAUUCUUGCAUAUAAUUCUGGAAUAGUAAUAACAAUAAAAGAUAUUUAACACUUUA